AAGAACUACAUGCUGAACAUCAACGUGGGUGGGACGGUGUAUCAGAUCUCCUACAGGGUGGCUGCCAAGUAUCCCAAGACCAGGAUCGGCCGCCUGGCGACAUACACAGACCACAACAGGAAACUGGACCUGUGUGACGACUAUAUUGUCCAGAACAACGAGUUCUUCUUCGACAGAGACCCGGACAUCUUCCACAACAUUUUCAACUUCUACCGGACGGGCGUCCUCUGGAUCAAGGACGAGCUGUGUCCCAGGAACUUCCUGGAGGAGAUAAACUACUGGGGCGUGAGGAUCAAGAACGCACACCGCUGCUGCCGAAUCUCCUUCGAGGAGCGCCAGGACGAGCUCAGUGAGCAGCUGAAGAUCCAGCGGGAGCUGGAGGCAGAGGUGGAGAUGGAGGAGAAUGAGGAGUUGUUCCACGGGAUGGCGUUGGGCCAGACGCGUCGCAUCAUCUGGAACCUGAUGGAGAAGCCCUUCUCUUCGGUCACCGCCAAGCUCAUGGCUGUAGCCUCCAGCUUCUUCGUGCUGAUGUCCCUGGUGGCCAUGACGCUGAACACGGUGGAGGAGAUGCAGUAUACCACCACCGCGGGACAGCUGAGUGGGAAGACCUAUGGGGAGUAUGUGGAAACCUUCUGCAUCGCUUUCUUCACCAUGGAAUACCUGAUGCGUCUGGUGUCCACCCCGGACCUGCCGCGCUUCGGGAAAAGCGUCCUGAACGGGGUGGACCUGAUCGCUAUCUUACCCCUCUACCUGCAGCUGGUGCUGGAGUGCUUCGAGACCGACAACUACGGGAAGCACCAAGACAUCGAGACGGUGGGCCGGGUGGGCAAAUUAGGCCAGGUUUUGAGAAUCAUGCGUCUGAUGAGGAUCUUCCGUGUCUUGAAGCUGGCCCGUCACUCUACGGGGCUGAGGGCAUUUGGCUUCACGCUGCGCCAGUGCUACCAGCAAGUGGGCUGCCUCUUACUCUUCAUCGUCAUGGGAAUCCUCACCUUCUCUGCCAUGGUGUACACUGUAGAGCAUGAUGUCCAUCAGACCAACUUCACCAGCAUCCCUCAGGCAUGGUGGUGGGCAGCUGUGAGCAUCUCUACUGUGGGCUAUGGAGACAUGUUUCCAGAGACCAUCCUGGGCCGGCUGUUUGCUUUCACCUGCAUCUCCUUUGGGGUCAUUUUGAACGGCAUGCCCAUUUCCAUCCUGUACAAUAAGUUCUCAGACUACUACACCAAGCUGAAGUCUCAGGAGUUCACCUCGACAGUGAAGGCUCGGGGCAAGGUCAGGUUCGCCAAGAGGGCGGCCAGGAAGUUAACCAAAUACUGUCCAUAGACACACUGG